GGAGGAGGAGGAGGAGUUUGUUAAUGUUCAGUUUGUUCAGCGGGAUCGAUGUUUGCUGGCAUCGCCUCGCCCUGUCUUGUGUGUGUGCGCGAGAGUGUGUGUGUGUGUUUGUGUGUGUGUAUGUGGGGUGUGAGUGUGUGUGUGUGUGGAUGCGAGUGCGUGCGUGUGUGUGCGCGCGCGUGUGUGUGUCUGUGUGUGUGUGUAUGUGUGUGUGUGUGAGUGAGUGAGUGAAUUCCAGAUUUUCUGUCUUUCCAAAACCCGCUCCUGUCCUCUCGCAUAUCACUCACAGACGGGGAUCUGACAGCAGCCACCAACCUACGGUGAUCUCUCUCCCCCCUGCGCGAAUCCGCCAUCGAGAUCGGCGAGGAGGAGGAAGAAGAGGAGCAGGAGGAGGAGGAGGGAAAGAGGAGAAGGAAGAAGACUAAGAAGAAAAAGAAGAAACCCACUACCUUCCCAGGAUUGCUUUUUUUUCCUUAUCUUGACGCGCGCGUGUGCGUGCGACGCGUGUGCGCCCCUCGUCCCUUCCAUCAGAACCCAGUCUUGGAUGUUUAAUAAAGAAACCAAGUGUCUCCACAGUCACCACAAAAAAAUCAAAAAUUCCAAAAAGCAAAAACAAAAAGAGAGAGGAAAAAAAAUCCAAAACAAACAAACAAACAAGGCAGAACCAACCUCUACUUCCAACCAGCCGGCACCAGGCACCCGUAUCUGCCACCCAGAGAGGGGGGUCUCUGGCCCGUGGUGGAGGAGUUGCAGGGGGGAUCUUCAGGGGGACAGAGGCCGAGUGACGCCCUAGGAGCCACCAGGCAAGAGGCGGCGGAGCCCCAGAGAGGCGAGAGAGACAGCGGGCCCCCGCGCGCGGCUCGGGGCUGGGGCGCCAGAAGUGGGACUGGAGCGAAGUAGAGCGAUGCCAAGGAGGAAACAGCAGGCACCCAAGCGGGCGGCAGGCUAUGCCCAAGAAGAACAGCUGAAGGAAGAGGAGGAAAUAAAAGAGGAAGAGGAGGAGGAGGAAGACAGUGGUUCCGUAGCUCAACUCCAGGGCAGCAAUGACCCUGGAACAGACGAGGAGCUAGAAACGGGCCCAGAGCAGAAAGGCUGCUUCAGCUAUCAGAACUCCCCUGGAAGUCAUCUGUCCAAUCAGGAUGCUGAGAACGAAUCCCUGCUCAGCGAUGCCAGUGACCAGGUGUCAGACAUCAAGAGCCUCUGCGGCCGAGAUGCCUCGGACAAGAAAGCAAACGUUCACCCGAGACUUCCCAAGGAAGCGCACAACUGCAUGGAUAAAAUGACGGCCGUCUAUGCCAACAUCUUGUCUGACUCCUAUUGGUCAGGAUUGGGUCUUGGCUUCAAGCUGUCCCAUAGUGAGAGGCGGAAUUGUGAUACCCGAAAUGGCAGCAACAAGAGUGAUUUUGAUUGGCACCAAGAUGCUCUGUCCAAAAGCUUGCAGCAAAACUUGCCUUCCAGAUCUUUCUCUAAGCCCAGUCUGUUCAGCUCCGUCCAGUUGUACCGGCAGAGCAGCAAGAUGUGUGGGACCGUUUUCACUGGGGCCAGUAGAUUCCGGUGUCGGCAGUGUAGCGCUGCCUACGACACCUUAGUUGAGUUGACUGUGCACAUGAAUGAAACCGGUCACUAUCAAGAUGACAACCGCAAAAAGGACAAGCUUAGACCCACAAGCUACUCCAAGCCCCGGAAAAGGGCUUUCCAGGAUAUGGACAAGGAGGAUGCCCAAAAGGUUCUGAAAUGUAUGUUUUGCGGUGACUCCUUCGAUUCCCUCCAAGAUCUGAGCGUCCACAUGAUAAAAACAAAACAUUACCAGAAAGUGCCUUUGAAGGAGCCGGUACCAACCAUUUCGUCAAAAAUGGUCACUCCAGCAAAGAAACGUGUUUUUGAUGUCAAUCGGCCAUGCUCCCCUGAUUCAACCACGGGAUCCUUCGCAGAUUCCUUUCCUUCUCAGAAGAACGCCAACCUACAGCUGUCUUCCAAUAACCGCUAUGGCUACCAAAAUGGCGCCAGCUAUACCUGGCAGUUUGAGGCCUGCAAGUCCCAGAUCUUAAAGUGUAUGGAGUGUGGGAGCUCCCAUGACACCUUGCAGCAGCUCACCACCCACAUGAUGGUCACAGGCCACUUCCUGAAGGUCACCAGCUCGGCCUCCAAGAAAGGGAAGCAGCUGGUGUUGGACCCACUAGCCGUGGAGAAAAUGCAGUCAUUGAGUGAGGCUCCAAACAGUGACUCUGUGCCUCCCAAGCCAUCAAAUAACUCGACUGCAGACUGCACAGCCUCUACAACCGAAUCAAAGAAAGAGGGUAAAAAAGAAAAGCCAGAGGAAGCCAACAAGGAUGAGAAAGUCAUGAAAGGCGAAGAAUAUGAAGAUCCUCUGCAAAAACCUCUAGACCCUACAAUAAAGUACCAGUAUCUACGGGAGGAGGAUUUGGAAGAUGGCUCAAAGGGUGGAGGGGACAUUUUGAAGUCACUGGAAAAUACCGUCACCACAGCCAUCAACAAAGCUCAAAAUGGAGCUCCCAGCUGGAGUGCAUACCCCAGCAUCCAUGCCGCCUACCAGCUGUCCGAGGGCACCAAGCCCUCUUUGCCUAUGGGCUCCCAAGUCCUGCAGAUUCGACCUAAUCUCACCAACAAGUUAAGGCCAAUUGCACCAAAGUGGAAAGUCAUGCCACUCGUUUCUGUGCCCACGAACCUGGCCCCAUACACUCAAGUGAAGAAGGAGUCGGAAGACAAAGAUGAGGUCUUGAAGGAGUGUGGGAAGGAAAGUCCCCAUGAAGAAGCAUCGUCUUUUAGUCACAGUGAAGGGGAGUCUUUCACCAAAAGCGAACCCCCGUUAGAGUCCAAAAAGGCUGAGCCUUGUCCCCAAAAGGAGGAGGACAAGCUGAUGAAAGAGGGAGGUGAGAAGGAGAGACCCCAGCCCUUGGAGUCCACAUCUCUUAGCAAUGGCUGUGCGCUCACCAACCAUGCUUCGGCCAUGCCCUGCAUCAACCCGCUUAGCGCCCUGCAGUCUGUCUUGAACAAUCACCUGGGCAAGGCCACGGAGCCCUUGCGCUCUCCUUCCUGUUCUAGCCCCAGCUCAAGCACAAUUUCCAUGUUUCACAAAUCGAAUCUUAAUGUCAUAGACAAGCCAGUGUUGAGUCCUGCCUCCACAAGGCCCGCCACUCUGUCCAGGCGCUACCUGUUUGAGAACAACGAUCAGCCCAUCGACCUCACCAAGUCCAAAACCAAGAAAGCAGAGUCCUCGCAAGCACAAUCCUGUACAUCCCCACCUCAGAAGCACGCUCUGUCUGAUAUCGCCGACAUGGUCAAAGUCCUCCCAAAGGCAACCACCCCAAAGCCUGCCACAUCUUCCAGGGUCCCUCCCAUGAAGCUGGAAAUGGAUGUCAGGCGCUUCGAGGAUGUCUCCAGCGAAGUCUCCACUUUGCAUAAAAGAAAAGGCCGGCAGUCCAACUGGAAUCCUCAGCAUCUUUUGAUUUUGCAAGCUCAGUUCGCCUCAAGCCUCUUCCAGACAUCAGAGGGCAAGUACCUGUUGUCUGACCUGGGCCCCCAAGAACGAAUGCAAAUCUCAAAGUUUACGGGACUCUCGAUGACCACCAUUAGCCACUGGCUGGCCAAUGUCAAGUACCAACUUAGGAAAACAGGCGGGACCAAAUUUCUGAAAAACAUGGACAAAGGACACCCCAUCUUUUAUUGCGGUGACUGUGCCUCCCAGUUUAGAACCCCUUCUACCUACAUCAGUCACUUAGAGUCUCACCUAGGUUUCCAAAUGAAGGACAUGAACCGCAUGGCCGUGGAACAGCAAAGCAAGGUAGAGCAAGAGCUCUCCCGGGUAUCGUCGGCUCAGAGGUCUCCGGAAACAAUAGCUGGUGAAGAGGAUACAGACUCUAAAUUCAAGUGUAAGUUGUGCCGUCGGACAUUUGUGAGCAAACAUGCAGUCAAACUCCACCUAAGCAAAACGCACAGCAAGUCACCCGAACACCAUUCACAGUUUGUAACAGACGUGGAUGAAGAAUAGUGCUGCAGGUAUGGGUUUGCUCCCAGGUGAUUGGGACAGUGGCCUUGUGAGGAGCUUCUCCAAGGGAGCUGUGUCUGCUUAGAGGCAGCUAACAUCUCCCCAAUACCAAGCAGGACAGUAGCUUGCUGGAAAAGGACUUAUUCUUAGGAAAGACCAGAACAUGAGAAAUAAGUCCUUAGCAAUCCCCUCAAUAUCUCCAGUUUAGAGUUGGGGCAUAGAGCAAUAUGGGUGUAGAAAGACAAAGCUCAUAGAUUACUGCUUCUCCCAGGCCUUCAUGAUACAUAUUCCCUUAGUUGCCCCAGGCCCAACUCCAAGGUCCACUCAACCAAGGCUUCACCUCAUUUUAAUGACUAGGUACUAACUUCUCGCACCAUUCCAUUUCACCAGCCCGCCUUCCCACAGCCAUGUUAAUGACUUAAGAAGUGAUCACAAGAUGAGCGCCAGAAUAUAGACUGGAGAUUAUCCGGGGCAGUCAUAUACAGUGAUUUGUUAACCAGCUCAUGAAUAGCUUAACGUUGUCUUUCUUACUGUUACGUGUAAUGAAUGCUUCUUGCAGCUUCCUUUGAGCCGUUGCUCCUUUCCUUUGUUUAUAUCCUACGUUACAUUUCCUGUAGGGGAUUACAGAAAAACAUGCUUCCUGCAGAACAUUUAGAUGAAAAGAGAGGAAACUCAUUUUCUUCUCUCAUCCUUUGGUUUUCUUUAGACUGCUAUCAGAGUCCACCUUGAACAAAGACGGAGGUAGUGCAGAUACAUGUGGUUGUAUUCCACGUAGAGAAACAAAUGUCCUUCUGCACACCCAUUGCCAAUGCACACGGGGUCCCUCAGCUUCAAGGUAAUUUGCAUCAUGUAUCUUAGAAGUUCUGCCACCAGUGCCCAAAUCAUCUGUGUCACCUCCAGGAAAGAGGACAGAGACCAAGGUCCAAUAUCUCAGCAGACUGGUCAUACUAGCCCUUUCAAACAUCAAGCAUAAACAAGGCUGGGUCUUACCAAAUCUCUUUUAUCUCCCUUUUUGUAUUUUUUCUCCCCUCCAGCAUGAUACCCCCACAUGUCAGGGACCCUCACACACAUUCUGGUUUGCCCUCCACCCCAGGCCACACCGCAAGGCAGGGAUCCAACCCGAACUAAGCCUUCUGCAUUUACCAGCCCAGGUUAAGUCAUGCUAGGUUACAGAUGAAUUCUUUUGAUUAAUUCACAAUAUGAGCAGCUAAUAAUAGCUUAACGUGCAAGCCCUCGCCACCCGCUGUUGUCAGAGCAUUUGUUUUUAAAUAGGAGAUUUUCAGAGCAAGUCACAGAGGUGUGUAAGCAAGAGCCACUUUCCAGGUGUAGAGCGGUGUUUGUGUGGCAUGAGUUUGGGCUCCCCUUCCAUCAGGUAGGGAGAUUUAUCGUGCGUGGCAAUGGUCGAAGUGAAAUAAAAGGUUAAAAUACCCAAUCUGGGACUUUUCCCUGAGUGAGAAGAUCCAAGAGCUAUUGAUUUAUGGGGAGGGAAAACAUCCUAUAGCUCCAACAACUCUCUGGGCCCAAAUGAAGACGAGUCUUCUUUUGAUUGCAUGUUUUUAUCAUGAUAAUUAAAAUGUGUUACUGCUAGUUUCAUUUCUUGCUUUCUAAGCAUGAUGUGUUCAGCUCAUCCUAUUGAAAGAAAAGCCGGAAUGAAUCUAUAUAUGUGAGCUUGGGGCCCCGUGAUGUCCUAUUUAUUUGCUAUAUAACAUUUUACGUUUUAUGUAACUUGCUAUUAUGCUUUUCUGAUCCUAAAAAAAAAAAAAGGUGGACAUAGACAGAAUACCAAAAGAAAUGUUUCAGAUUCUAGUUGGUGGUUCCAAAUCAUGCUGAAGAGGACACGUAGGUAAUGUUUAUUUGUGCUGUAAUAAAGACCAAUUUUCCACCUGUUAGGUUUGUAAUCAUUUUUUUUAAAAAUCAAUACCACUGCCAAAACAUCGUGAUAUGUAAAUGAGAAGGGAGAAAAAGAGAGCUGCAGCUAGCCUCAGUCCAAGUCUGCAACUUGCCAUACCUGUUCUCCAAAAGCAAAGGCAACCCGAUAAUUUGGGGAAAAAAAAAAAAAAGACAUAAAAGGUACUGACAAAUCUGUUAAAUACAUAGAUAAGAUAGCUAUUGGGCACCUCUCUGCAUGUGUACAGAAUAAAUAUUUCAGAUUCGGACCUUCAAAGCACCGUAUUACAGUGUUAUCGUUAUAGUGAAACCGAAGCUCUGUCUUUAUAUCAAUAAACACCACUACGCUGUGAUUCGGAGAGUUGAUUGCAGAAGGACAGGCUUGAGGUAUAUGGGACUCUUUCAAAGAAAAUGGGAGUGUACUUGUGUGGAUUGCAAAGAUGGUGAGGGUGCUGGUGUGUUUGUGUUAUUUCCAGUUGACCUGCAUGGUUUCCACAUCUAAGUCUUCCUGAUGCCUGGGUCACCUAGAAGAGAAUGCCUGCACUCUUGUGCUUAUCUUUGAGAGCAACAUUGGUGCAAUACCUUGCCUACUGCUUACAAUUAUGCAUUUGUGUUUUUAAAUGUCGUAAAAUGAGAUCAUUGUUACUUGGAACUCUAAUUUUAGCUGUAUGCAUGAUAGCACAAUUGUACAAAAUGGCCUGGUGUUUUAGAAAGCAUGGUCAAGAUUUUAUGGAAAACUUGGGAGCUUUAUCAUACCGAAGUUUCCUGUAAGACGGUAAUUUUGACCGGAAUUUUCUUUCCUUUCUCAGAUAUGUCUUAAAUCCUGCAACAUGCUCUGCCAACUAAUAAAUGCAACUUUUCAUUAAAAAUUAACUAGAAAAUAUUAAAUGUGUAUCCCCAUUUUAGAACAUGAGUAAUCUAAAACAAUUUCAAUAUGUAUUUGUGUAUAUCUUUAAAAGCCACAAGCUCUUGAAUAAUAGAAAUGAAACAGAGGGCAAAUUAAUGAGUAUGAGAUGAAAAAGGACUUGAGAUUAUCCUCUUCACCAUGUAGUGUAGUGUGCGUUUAGCAGUAUGUGUUUAACAGCACACCUAGCCUUGAAUUGGUGGUGGGGAUGAAUUCAAGCCCAAAGGGCUGACAGCUUUGUUGUGGAUUGCUUCAUAAAAAUGAAUGUUCAGGUGAGCAGCAUGUAGGGCUGCCAGAUAAAAUGUAGGGCAUUCAGUUAAAUUUGAAUUUCAGAUGAACAACAAAUAAGGUUUUAGUGUAAGUAUGACCCAAAUGUUGAAUGGGCCAUACUUAUACUAAAAAAAGUAUUUGUAGUUCAUCUGAGAUUCGUAUUCAGCUGGGCAUACUGUAUUUUAUUUGCUAAGCCUGGUAACCCUAAGAGCAUGGGUUAUAUGUCAGGCUGGGAAGAGCAAAAUAGGCUGGACAAAUUAAUAUCAGUAAGGGGCAUCAGCCAUUCCUUUGUCUAUAAAUAAGUCCUCCCUCCUUUCCUCCUUCCCUUCCUCCCUCCCUUCCUCCUUCCCUUCCUUCCUCCCUCCCUCCCUUCCUCCCUCCCUCCCUUCCUCCUUCCCUCCCUUCCUCCU